CAAUUGAGUAAAACAACAAUUGAACCAUCCUUUGAGCCACAACCAUGAAAACAUCACAAAUAGUUCUAAUGUGCAUAGUCAUGUUCUCCCUCUUGGCUUUACAUGAGUGUGGAAGGAUAGAGAGAGGAGUGAUGAGUCUGAAUGUUGGGAAAGCAGAACCAGACCCAGAUAGAGGUGUAGGUGGUGGUGGUGGCAGGAUAGAGAGAGGAGUGAAUGUUGGGAAAGCAGAACCAGACUGUCGAAAAGAAAGACAUCAUAAAAUGGACUGUUGGUGUUGCCAUUUGAAAGGGGUACAAACUGUUAAAUGUUGGUUGCUUGAUUUUAUCCCCACCGCUAGAGAGAUUUGCUUAGCUUCUUGUCAUCUCUAGACCUAAAUACUAAUAAUAAUAAUAAUAAUCGAAUAAGAAUGUAUGCUGCUUAUUUAAAUUAAGACUUUAUAAGA